AUGCACGUGCAUCCAUCCAGCCGCUCCCUCCCUUUCUACUGCUGGCCAGCAAUUGACUUGCCUGCUGUUCUUGCUUGCCCCUACCUCCACACAAUCGGCAGACGCGCGCACGGCCAAAGGGCCCAUGCGCCGCCGCCGUUGGUGUGCAAGUGGGUGGGUGGGUGGCGCUUUGAGGGAACCCCCAAGGAACGAUACUUUUAUCCUGGUCCGUGUGCUCAAAGGGCGUACGUUCCCACAGAUUCUCAUCACGAUUCAUCUGCCAUCCAGAUUGAAACGACUAUGUCGUUGCUUUCACGCUUCAGUCAGGCGUUCCGGCGCUCUCUUCUAGGAUGGCAAAGUGAGGCAGCACGCAUCAUGCGCAUGGAAGUGUCAGCCACUGAAAACGCAACGCAGUCGCAGCUCUUCUACAAAAUAAACAACUCUGCUGAUCUCUCACAGAUAGCGACUGGAUCUGACUCCGAUAUUGGUGGACUCUCUCGCUGCCACAUGUCCCUUGAACAUGACGACCCUGGGCAGGAAAAGACGCCUGCUUCCUUUGGCCGUUUCUAUGGCACUCUCAGCUCACAGAUCCCGCGUGGAUCCGCCUUGGAACGCAGUGGAUACGCCGCAUUUCGAAACAAGUCACGACCUACAUUGUUCAGUACGGAAACAUGGGACACAUCAUUCCACCCGUAUCUUGCUCUCCUCGUACGCAAUCGCACAGCAGCAGUGAAAGGAACAGGGCCAUCGAUUUCUCCCUCACAUUCUAGGACGCACUCUCUGCGCUCAGCGUUGCACGCUAGUGAUCCAACAGGUCCAGCGAUCCCGCGCGCUAUCGAUGCUUUGGGUCUCACACAUGCUGGCAUGACAGGCCAUGCAUCAAAUCUACCGUUGUUCUUUGUCAACAUUCAGACGGAUGGACCCGUUACAACAGAUUUGUACCAGCACCGACUUUUCCUCGAUGACAGCCAGGGAAAUGCUUGGCAGACGAUCACUAUCCCGUUUGACUCGUUCGUGCUAACUAAUACGGGCGUUGUUGCAGAAGAUCAGAUAUCGAUGAUGCGCGAGAAGAUCCUCACCGUCGGCAUAUCCGCUCUAAUUGAGCCGCCUCUCUUGCCGGAUAGCCAGGAUGUAGUAGAAGAAGAGCCUGCAUCCCCUGCGACACAGGGUCCCAGUGCACUUCGACGCACUUCUUCCCCUCCUGUUUGA